CAGCUCUCAGAGCUAGAGCUUGCUUCAGGCCCCGAAUGCCAUUGGGAGCAAUGAUGACGGGAUAGUCAUUGGAUUGAUUACUUGACUAUUGCUAGACUGAAAAUGUUUACCUGUGCAGCUACCCAUCGUGGCCUCCCGGCCCUCCGCCAGAGUCUGCGCCCCAUUGCUCGCGGUGUGUCAAUUCGACACUCGAGUUCUGGCGCUGCUCGGAUGGGCAAGUCUCGAAAUUUUGCAUUGAAAAUUGCCGUACCAACCAUUGUCGCUGCUGGAGCUGCAACUAUUGCCACUCAAUAUGAUUUACCUUUCGGCUUGAAAGAAGCUUACGCCGAGGCCGCUCCAGUUCACGCAGAGCCUGAGUUUGAGAAGCCUGUUAAACGAAAGGGCAAAUCAAAAGAAGAGAGUAGAGAUCUCAUCAGCUCCCAGCAUCUUCAAGUUAAGCAGAGCUGGGAGCAUCCUGGAGUAUAUGCUUGGGGAUCGAACAAGGGAAAAGUCGCUGCACCAGACUCUGACGAGGCUGUGAUCAAGAAUCCCAGGAGGAUUCCCUAUUUUGACGGGGUCUUGUUACGCGAUAUCAAGUUGGAUCCGAACUUUGGCGCCGCCGUAAAUGAACAGGGAGAUUUGUUGCAGUGGGGUAUCGAUUAUUCUACGGAAACCGUGGCACCCACCAAGACGCUGCGAGGGAAACGACUCGUAUCCAUCACCCUGUCUAGAGAUCGUAUAAUUUGUCUUUCAAUCAGCGGAGCGGUUUAUUCUGUCCCUGUAUCAAAGGAUGCUCAGGAAAAAGGUCGCAAGCCUUCGGAACGGUCUUGGAUCCCGUUCUGGAGCUCGGCGUCGCCGAUCAGCUAUCGAGUCUUGUCGCCUAAGAAUUUGAAUUGGGGCGAAAGAAUCGUCUCUCUAAGUGGAGGCUUAGAACAUGUUCUUCUCCUUACUUCCAAAGGCCGAGUUUUCUCAGCUGCCGCCGGAAGCGAAGAUUUCCCCUCUCGAGGUCAACUCGGUAUUCCAGGCUUGACCUGGAACACGAGGCCUAUCGGUAGCUAUGAUCAGUGCCAUGAACUCACGGCUCUGCGCGGCUUCGACAUCAAACAGGUUGCUUCAGGUGACUAUCAUUCCAUCGUACAGGACAAAGAUGGCCGUGUCUUCACAUUUGGCGACAACUCGGUUGGGCAGCUCGGACUUGAAUAUAACCCGGAAGCACCUUUUGUUGAUUCACCAGCCCUACUUCCUAUUCAAUCGCUAUACCAAGGCACUGGUCAAGUACCGAAAGUGACCAGCAUUGCCGCUGGCGGAGUCAACAGUUUCUUCACCAUUGAUGCCACCGGAGUUGCGCUUCCUCAAAGCGAAGAGGGUGCGAGUUCUGCGCUACUAGGACGUGUCACUGCCGACACGUGGAGCUGCGGACAAGGACUCUGGGGCAGCUUAGGCACGGGAAGGUGGAUUCAUAUUCAAGACAAUCUGGUAAAGAUUAAAGCCCUGAGCGGCUUGUUUGAAUAUGAUGAGACAACGAAUAAAGUUGUGCCUAUCCGGUUGUCUCAUCUAUCUGUCGGUGCCACUCAUGUGGCCGCCGUACUGAACAAUGUCACACACCUGACAGCUACCGAGUCUACUUCGACAGAUGACACCAAUUGGGGAUCCGAUCUGCUCUUGUGGGGUGCCAACGAAUUCUUCCAAUUGGGUACCGGAAAGAGAAAUAACAUUUCGGCGCCUACAUAUAUCCAUCCUUUGUACCCUGCCUCCGAAAAGGCUGAGGGAAGAGAUAAAGAGCAUCGCUUGCAGUUGACACCUUGGAAAACCAUAAAGAUCAACAACCGAAAGGUCAAAGUUGAACAGAGAGUCGAGUGCGGGAGAAAUAUUACGGCCAUAUACACGGCCGUCGGAUAGGAGGUCUAGCUUGCGGAGACCUGUUUAUUGUUUAUUCCUUUGCAGGAGAAAGAAGGUGGCUCAUUCAAAGUCAGGGAAAAAAAAAUCAUUCGUGUAUAUUGAACAAUCAUUCCAAACCAAGCCUCGAGCUUUCCUAUACAUAAUGUCUACCAACGAGUGUAGUCCGCCUAUGAGGC